AUGCCUCCUUCUGCCCUCUCCGCUUCUCCUGACGUCCUGAGUGCGCAACUGCGGCUGAGACACUCUUCCUUGAGCCUUGAGAGCUUGUGGGGCUCACCAGAGGCCUGCCUUCCCAAGGAGGAGGCUAGAGCCUGGGUGCUGGUGCUCAACACUGGGGGUACCAUUGGCAUGGGGGGCACUGAGUGUGAAGGGCUUGCUCCUCAGGCUAAGAAGUUAGUGAAAGCCUUGAAAAAAAUGCCUAUGUUGCAUGAUGAGGAAUAUGCAAAGGCAACAAAAGUCUACGAUUCCUGCGAGUUUGCAGACAGCACUUUGGUGCUUCCUCUCUCUAAAAGAAAGAAAAGAAUUAUCUACAGCAUUCUAGAGUAUUCACCACUGCUUGAUUCUUGUAACAUGACAACUGAUGACUGGGCUAAGAUCCCGAAGGAUCUUGAGACCUACUACGAACGCUAUGACGGGUUUGUGAUGCUUCACGGGACUGACACGAUGGCCUACACGGCUGCUGCUUUGUCGUUCAUGUGUGAGAAUGUUGGAAAGACCAUUGUCUUGACAGGAUCUCAGGUACCUAUUUAUGAACUCAGGAAUGAUGGACGUUCCAACCUGCUGGGGGCACUGCUGAUUGCUGGACAAUUUGUCAUUCCUGAGGUGGGCCUCUAUUUUCACCAUAAGCUGUACAGGGGAAACAGGGUGACCAAGGUGGAUACUGGAACUUUUGAUGGAUUCUCCUCACCAAACGUGCCUCCCCUUGCAAAUGCUGAGGUGGAUAUAAAAAUUGACUGGGGAAUUGUAUGGCGAGCCAACACCACCAAGAAGUUUGAGGUCCACCACACCAAUAUGAACAGGAAUGUGGGGCUGCUGAGGAUCUUCCCAGGCAUUACUGCUACCACCGUGAGGGCUUUUCUUCAGCCUCCAAUGGAAGGGAUCGUACUGGAAACCUAUGGAUGUGGCAAUGCACCACACAACUGCCCCGAUUUGCUGGAAGAGCUCAGGCAAGCAACAGAGCGGAAUGUGGUGAUCCUAAAUUGCACUCAGUGCUUGCGGGGCUCUGUGGCUUCAACCUACGCAACUGGACAGGAUCUUGCUCAUGUUGGAGUAAUUUCAGGAGGUGAUAUGACACCUGAGGCAUCCUUGGCCAAGCUCUCCUAUGUGCUGGGCAAAAGGCAACUUACUUGGAAAGAGAAAAAGCAGAUGCUGGGUGACAGUCUUAGAGGAGAAAUGUCGUCAGUGCUCACUGGAACCGAUAGCUCCUUAAGGAACAUGAAGUUUAUUAAAGUGAUGACCAAAUUUAUAAGUCUUAACUGCAAAGAGGAGCUUGGAGCUUUCCUUCCAUCUUUGGCUUGUGCUGCUGCUAAAGCGGAUGAUAUGGAUGCACUGAAAGACAUUGAGGAAGUGGGUGGUAACUUGAGUUGUGAAGAUUAUGAUGGCCGCACUCCACUUCAUGUUGCAUCAAGUGAAGGGCAUGUACAGCUAGCCAAGUACUUGCUGAAAAGUGGAGCGAGUGUUUAUGCUAAAGACAGAUAUGGUGCCACCCCACUGAUGAAUGCCAUUGAAUUCAGGCGCAUGGAAAUAAUACAGCUACUUCGGGAAACAGGAGCUCGCCUUUCCAGUGAAGAGAUGGAGAAUGCUGGAACCAAACUUUGCCUCCUUGCUGCUAAUGGAGACACUGAUGGACUGAUGGCUUGGCAUUUAGCAGGCAUAGACCUGGAAUGCACUGAUUAUGGUGGCAAAACACCUUUCCAAGUGGUCCAUCAAAAUGAACAUUCUGAACAAAUUUCUACUGGAAAAGUGUUGACUGGAUUUCUAAGUGAGAAAAAAAUAGGAGGACUGUUCUUCAGUUUCUUUAGUACGCACGUAGAGAAAAAGCAAGGCAAAGAUGGCAUUGGAUAA